AUGGCAGCACAUUUAACUUUACAAUCCGCUCUGGCACUGACCAGCCAUGAUCAAAAGACGCAACCAGCUAUCUCAGGUGGCCCACGCGUUCGGCUUAGCACACCAUCGAAGGACACCGACCAUGACCCUACCAAGGAGUACACGAUCAAACAUAUACUCGCGACCGAGAUGCGGAUCGCACCCGGCGACACCAGACCUACUCGACACGCUCUUAUCCAUUGGUGCUACGAAGACUUUACGGACGCGUUGACUUGGGAGCCGAUGCCCGGCGCCGUGGCCAAGUGGAAGCCGUACUGGUCUCUGAGGUGGCAAUACCAAGAAUACAAGCUGGUGAGGGUGUGGGCCGGUCGGAAAGUGAGUGCGCUCCGUCGCACCGCGAGAGGCGUGGAAUAUCUCGUAGAAUGGGACGAGUUUCCUUUCGUAGACUAUCUUACAUGGGAGCCCGAGGAGACAAUCACGUCGACGUUUCCCGAGGGGCUGCAAGAGUAUAAGAAGACGGGUGGCAUGGUUGCUGUAUAA